GUUCACAUUAACAAGAGCACCAUGGAGUUUUAUGAGUCAACGUAUUUUGUUGUCCUUAUUCCUUCAGUAGUUAUUACAGUAAUUUUCCUCUUCUUCUGGCUUUUCAUGAAAGAAACAUUGUAUGAUGAAGUUCUUGCAAAGCACAAAAGAGAACAAAAGCUUGUUCCUACAAAAACAGAUAAAAAGAAGGCAGAAAAGAAAAAGAAUAAAAAGAAAGAAAUCCAGAAUGGGAACCUCCCUGAAUCUGAUUCUGAGAGUGUACCUCGAGACUUUAAAUUGUCUGAUAAUUUGGCUGUAGAAGAUGAGCAAGUCGUCCCUGUUCCAUUGAAUGUGGUUGAAACUUCAAGUAGUGUGAGGGAAAGAAAAAAGAAGGAAAAAAAACAAAAACCUUUACUUGAAGAGCAGAUCAUCAAAGAAAGUGAUGUAUCAAAGAUUCCUGUCAAAAAAAUAGAACCUGUCCCAGUUACAAAGCAACCCACCCCACCCUCUGAAGUAGCUGUUUCAAAGAAGAAACCAGGACAGAAGAAGUCUAAAAAUGGAAGCGAUGACCAAGAUAAAAAGGUGGAGACUCUGAUUGGACCUUUGAAAAAGCAAGAAAUAUUACCCUCCCACCAAGAGACUAAACAUGACAGUGGAUCAGGAAAGAAGAAAAUUUCAUCAAAGAAGCAGAAGACAGAAAAUGUUUUGAUAGAAGAACCCUUUAUUCUUGGAAGUACUUCAGUUCCUUUGAUGGAUAAUGCUAACUCACAUCUUGUGGAUAAGAGAGAAGUUAUUGAUCUGAUUAAACCUGACCAAGUAGAAGGGAUCCAGAAAUCUGGGUCUAAAAAAAUGAAGAUUGAAACUGACAAAGAAAAUGCUGAAGUGAAAUUUAAAGAUUUUCUUCUGUCCUUGAAGACCAUGAUGUUUUCUGAAGAUGAGGCCCAUUGUGUUGUAGACCUACUGAAGGAAAAGUCUGGUGUGAUGCAAGAGGUUUUAAAGAAGUCAAAUAAAGGAGAAUUGACUGCGCUUCUGCAUCAGCUUCAGGAGAAGGACAAGCUGCUUACUGUUGUGAAGGAAGAUGCUGCUGCUACGAAAGAGCGGUGUAAGCAGUUAACCCAGGAAAUAAUGACAGAGAAAGAAAGAAGCAAUGUAAUUAUAGCAAGGAUGAAAGAUCGGAUUGGAACACUGGAAAAAGAACAUAAUGUAUUUCAAAACAAAAUACAUGUCAGUUAUCAAGAGACUCAACAGAUGCAGAUAAAGUUUCAGCAAGUUCGUGAGCAGAUGGAAGCAGAGAUAGCACACUUGAAGCAGGAAAAUGGUAUACUGAGAGAUGCUGUCAGCAACACCACAAAUCAGCUGGAAAGCAAGCAGUCUGCAGAACUAAACAAACUUCGCCAGGAUUAUGCUAGGUUAGUGAAUGAGCUGACUGAAAAAACAGGGAAGCUACAACAAGAGGAAGUCCAAAAGAAGAAUGCUGAGCAAGCAGUUACUCAGUUGAAGGUUCAACUCCAAGAAGCUGAGAGAAGAUGGGAAGAAGUUCAAACCUACAUCCGGAAAAGAACAGCAGAACAUGAUGCAGCGCAGCAAGAUUUACAGAGUAAAUUUGUGGCCAAAGAAAAUGAAGUACAGAGUCUACAUAGUAAACUUACAGAUACCUUGGUAUCAAAACAACAGUUGGAACAAAGAUUAAUGCAGUUAAUGGAAUCAGAGCAAAAAAGGGUGAACAAAGAAGAGUCUCUACAAAUGCAAGUUCAGGAUAUUUUGGAGCAGAAUGAAGCCUUGAAAGUACAAAUUCAGCAGUUUCAUUCCCAGAUAGCAGCCCAGACAUCGGCUUCAGUUCUAGCAGAAGAAUUACAUAAAGUGAUUGCAGAAAAAGAUAAACAGAUCAAACAGACUGAAGAUUCCCUAGCAAGUGAACAUGAUCAUUUAACAAGUAAAGAAGAGGAACUUAAGGAUAUACAGAAUAUGAAUUUCUUAUUAAAAGCUGAGGUGCAGAAAUUACAGGCUCUGGCAAACGAGCAGGCUGUUGCAGCACAUGAACUGGAGAAGAUACAAAAAAGCAUUCAUGUUAAGGAUGAUAAAAUAAGGUUGCUUGAAGAUAAGUUACAGUGUGAAAUUUCAAACAAAUUGGAGGAAUUUAAGAUUGUAAAUGACCAAAACAAAGCAUUAAAAUUGGAAGUUCAAAGGCUACAGACUCUUAUUUCUGAGCAGCCCAAUAAAGAUGUUGUGGAACAAAUGGAAAAAUGCAUUCAAGAAAAAAGUGAGAAGUUAAAGACUGUAGAAGAAUUACUUGAAACUGGACUUAUUCAGGUGGCCACGAAAGAGGAGGAACUGAAUGCAAUAAGAACAGAAAACUCAUCUCUGACAAAAGAAGUGCAAGAUUUAAAGGCUAAGCAAAAUGAUCAGGUUUCUUUUGCAUCUCUAGUUGAAGAACUUAAGAAAGUGAUCCAUGAGAAAGAUGGAAAGAUCAAAUCUGUAGAAGAACUUCUAGAAGCUGAACUUCUUAAAGUUGCUAAUAAGGAGAAAACUGUUCAGGAUUUGAAACAGGAAAUAGAGGCUCUAAAAGAAGAAAUAGGAAAUGUCCAGCUUGAAAAGGCUCAACAGUUAUCUAUUACUUCUCAAGUUCAGGAGCUACAGAAUUUAUUAAAACGAAAGGAGGAACAGGUGAAUACCAUGAAAGCUGUUUUAGAAGAGAAGGAGAAAGACUUAGCCAAUAGAGGGAAAUGGUUACAGGAUCUUCAAGAAGAAAAUGAAUCUUUAAAGGCUCAUGUUCAAGAAAUAGCACGACAUGACUUGCAAGAGGUGCAUUCUGCAUCACAGUAUGAAGAACUUGAAAUUGUGUUGAAAGAAAAGGAAAAUGAAAUGAAGAUGGUAGAAGAUAUGCUAAAAGAAAGGGAGCGUGAUCUUUCUAGCAAAACAAAGCUGUUACAGGAGGUACAAGAUGAAAACAAAUUAUUUAAAUCCCAGAUUGAACAGUUUAAGCAACAGAAUUACCAACAGGCGUCUUUUCCCCCUCAUGAAGAAUUAGUUAAAGUAAUUUCACAAAAAGAGAAAGAAAUAACUGGGCUCCAAAAUGAGUUAGAUUCUUUGAAGAAUGCUGUUGAACAUCAGAGGAAGAAAAACAAUUCUCCACAGAGUUACAGUGAAUGGUUACAUGGAUUUGAAAAGAAAGCAAAAGAAUGUAUAGUUGGAGCUUCAGAUUCAGAAGCAGUUAAGGUUUUAGAGUAUAAGUUGAGAGAAGCUGAUGAAACGCGCACACUGUUACAGCUGGAGUGUGAUACAUAUAAAUCAGUCCUUGCAGAAACAGAAGGAAUUUUACAGAAGCUACAGAAAAGUGUGGAGGAAGAGGAAAAUAAAUGGAAAGUCCAGGUUGAUGAUUCACAAAAGACGAUUAAGCAGAUGCUGUCGUCAAUUACAUCUUCAGAGCGAGAGUUAGAGCAAUUAAGAAGAGAAAAUAAAGAUAUUGAAAAUCUGAGAAGAGAACGACAACAUUUGGAAAUGGAACUAGAGAAGGCAGAAAUUGAACGAUCUACCUAUGUUACAGAAGUCAGAGAGCUGAAAGAUCUGUUGACUGAAUUGCAGAAAAAACUUGAUGAUUCAUAUUCUGAAGCAGUAAGACAGAAUGAAGAGCUAAAUUUGUUGAAGACACAGUUAAAUGAAACACACACAAAACUUAAAACUGAACAGAGUGAAAGACAGAAGGUAGCAGGUGAUUUGCAUAAGGCCCAACAGUCACUGGAUCUUAUCCAGUCAAAAAUAGUACAAGCUGCUGGAGAUCCUACUGUUGCUGAGGAUAAUGAUGUUUCUCCAGAAAUGGACUCCUCCGAGAAGGAGACAGUGUCUGUAAGUCUCAACCAGACUGUCGUGCAGCUACAGCAGUUGCUUCAGGCUGUAAACAAACAGCUCACAAAGGAGAAAUGACACUACCGGGUAUGGAGUGAAGUAGCUGGGAAUCCUUUCAAGUGAGGAUAACAGGAGGAAGGCAUUGUAUUGUUU